CUCCAUUUCUUCCUCGUCGGUGGUGUGGAUGGGCUGUCGUUUGUUUUCGUCAUACCGAACCACCAGUGUCUGGGUUGCUGCUAUUGAAAAAAAGAUUCCGAGCCAAAAGAGAAAUCUAUCAUAUUAACAUUUGUUAAUAUUUUAAAGCAAAACUAAUAAUUAAAAAAUAAACAAAUUCAUAUAGCUAAAGCUCCCCAAAUCACACAAUGGCGGAAGACUUUGAUGUCGAGGCGAUGCUAGAGGCGCCCUAUAAAAAAGGGAUGGUAUGUAACAUGUACCCUCGCGCUCGUGCGAUGUUCCACAGCGAGUUCCUAGAAAACACUUGAACACGAGGUACUAAGAACGACAUCAUUAUUCUUCAUCAGGAUAAUAUUAAUUUAGUAAAUGAUAGGAUACAUAAAUUAUUCAUAAUAAUAAGUUAUCACCGGGGUUUUUUUGUCAAAAAGCUUAUGAAUAUUCUAUAAGCAUCGAUGUCCCAUCAUGUGCCGAGGCUAUAAUCUCAUAACUAUCUGAAUUUUUGAUAAAAUCAUUCUAUACCACCAUUCGCAGAACUUGAUAGCAAUUGUCUGGAUUCCUAUGGUAUUAAGGAUAGGUGUAAUUUUAUUUGACCCUUCUUGGAUUCUGCAAGAAAUUGAAUUCAUUUCUCUUUUUCGCUUGUUAAGCAGCGAUCAAGAUUUAAUUGCUCAUACAUCCAUUAUUUUCAUUUUGUCAUUUGUUUUCCUUUCUCUGUUUUCUGGAUGAUAAGAAAACCUGGUUGUCCAACAACUAUUGGUCGCAAUCAAUAUGGAUGUUGAAUUAUUUGAAUGCGCUAGGACAGUCUUCCAUUUUUUAUGAUCCGCAAAGCACUGCUUCUGUGCUGUCUAUGAUGUUUAGAGACUUUGUCUCCGAGUUAAUUUGCAGCUUGGACAAAAUCAAAGUGUUCUGAAUUUAUCAGAACUUUCCACAGUUUUGAUCUAAUUUUUGUAUGUUUCUUUAAAUGAUAUAGCAUCAUCAUUAUGAGUUGAGUUCGGUCUACCUUUUUUAUAUUCUGAAUAAUUGAAUCCAAUACCAAGCUCGAAGUCCUUCUUCUACUGAAUUUCUAUUGUUUUCUUUCAUCGUUACAAAUAGAUAUUUAGUGUAUAUUACUGUUUUUACUUUAUAUUGAUUUUUUUUUUUAUUCUAAACAGGUAUUUUGGAAAAAAUUAGAAGUGAAAGUAAUAGAGUCUAAUGCAAUCUUAUGUUAGACUAUUAGGAACACGAGAUUCAAUGCAUAAAAUUCGUCUGUUAGAAGUGAGAUCAAGUAUAACAGAAUGCAUAUACCACAGUUGCAUCAUUCACGAUGUUCAAGUAUUGGAUAUUCCAAAUCUACUAGUGAUGCCCUCAAACACAUUGCGCAGCUGUUAUAUUUACCUAUAUUUUGAUUAUGAUCAGGUGUAACAAGGUUGCCACUAUUGUUAAAUACUGUUUUAUGAAGGUAGUUUCAGUUAUGUUGAUGGUUGUUUGACACCAAGCUUAUGUUUGCAAGUCUCGAUAAUGGUUUGCUUGUUUGCACAAGUUACUCAACAUAACGAUAAUAAGGUUCCAUAGUUCCAGGAUGAUCUUUAAGCUUGGUAUAAUAUAAUUUACCUUGCAUACAUUACUGUAUCGGUCAUGGUAAAAGAGAAAAAAAAAAAUUCUAUCAAAUCAGAAAAAAUUUAGUACAGCCAUGGGCUUGAUUAAGAUUUCUAUCAUUGCAUUACUUUUGGUAUAUGCAUUAUUAAUACAAGCUCCAAUAGUUCGGUGAGGUGGCCGUGCGUUCAAAGUGUCACUUACAUAGCAUAGCAUUAGGGUUUCAUCACGUGUAAUUUGAAAACUUACUGUCUUUGACGAGGGCUCUCUUUUGCAGAAGAAAAAGGAUGUGUGGUUGGCCAUUGGUAGUUUAAGACCAAGGCAUGCUCAACCCAAGAUUGCAAUGCUUUCCUAAAACCCAAUUGGAGCAGGACUCCUUAUCCAGGGACAAAUCUUCCAAGGAAAAUGGGUCCAGUCGCAAAUCAUCUGGAAAAAACAAGCAUCGCUCACCUACGCGGUCUCGAUCAAAAGAUCGCAAAGACAGACGGGAUCGCGAUCGAGGAGAAAGAGAUCGUGAUCGAGAGCGAGAGCGAGACAGAGGAGACAGAGAUCGGGAACGUGAUCGUGGAGACAGAGAUCGUGAUCGUGGAGAAAGAGAUCGUGAACGAGGAGACAGAGAUCGUGAUCGUGGAGACAGAGAACGGGAUAAGGAUCGCGACAAGGAGCGGGAUAAAGACCGUGAUAAAGAACGUGAUCGAGACAGAAAGCGCAGAACUCGAUCCCGAGAAAGACGAGACCGAGACCGAGAUAAGGAUAAGGAAUUUGACAAAGAAAAAGAUCGAGGACGAGACAGAGAUCGCGACAGAGAUAGAAAGAAGAAAAGAUCGCUCACACCGAUUACUCUCCCUAGAGUACGACCACCAUUUGGAAAAGCGGUCAGCCCAUUGGGACUUGUGGAUGAGUUAACACCAGAAGAACGUGAUGCUCGAACUGUAUUUUGCAUGCAACUGAGUCAGCGAAUCAGGGCACGAGAUUUAGAAGAGUUUUUCUCAAGUGUUGGAAAAGUUCAAGAUGUCAGACUCAUCACAUGCAAUAAAACGAGGCGGUUUAAAGGCAUCGCAUAUGUGGAAUUCAAGGACCCAGAAAGUGUUACAUUGGCUUUGGGUCUAUCCGGACAGAAAUUACUGGGCAUUCCAAUAGUUGUGCAGCAUACACAGGCGGAAAAGAAUCGCAUGGGUAACUCCAUGCCAAAUCUUAUGCCAAAGGGACAGACAGGCCCUAUGCGGCUCUACGUUGGCUCCCUACAUUUCAAUAUAACAGAAGACAUGCUGCGGGGGAUCUUUGAACCAUUUGGAAAGAUUGACAAUAUCCAGCUAAUUAUGGAUCCUGAAACUGGUCGUAGCAAGGGAUAUGGAUUUUUGACGUUCCGGAAUGCUGAUGAUGCAAAGAAGGCCUUGGAGCAAUUGAAUGGAUUUGAAUUGGCCGGCAGGCCUAUGAAAGUUGGCAAUGUCACGGAACGGACAGAUUUGUUACAAGGAUCUUCGUUACUUGACACAGAUGAGCUGGACCGAAGUGGCAUUGAUCUUGGUGCUACAGGCAGAUUACAGCUGAUGUUCAAACUAGCUGAAGGAACUGGGCUUGAAAUUCCUCCGGCAGCAGCAAAUGCACUAAACAUGGCGCCAGUAGUUGCAACGCCUCAACCACCGCCACAAGCAGCUCCACCAAUUGCGACACAAUGUUUCAUGCUGUCAAAUAUGUUUGAUCCACAAAACGAGACGAAUCCGAAUUGGGCAAAAGAGAUCAGAGAUGAUGUUAUUGAGGAAUGCAACAAGCAUGGCGGUGUAUUACAUGUUUACGUUGAUCAAGCUUCUCCACAAGGUAACGUGUAUGUUAAAUGUCCGUCGAUUGCUACUGCAGUAGCAGCAGUCAAUUCCUUGCACGGAAGAUGGUUUGCGGGACGUGUUAUCACGGCAGCUUAUGUGCCUCUUGUGAAUUACCAUUCUCUAUUUCCCGACGCGAUGACGGCAUUACAGUUACUAGCGCCCAGUGCCCCCAGGCGAGGAAUGUGAUCUCAAGCUUAAUAAUCCCUGAUACUAAUAAUGACAAAUAUUUCAAAUGCAAUACCUAACUUAGCUUUGCCGAUGACAUUAUUUGUAGUAUUGAUAUAACUCGAGACGUCGACAUGCUAUUCCUUGGUAUUAGUGAUCACAGAUUUAAUUCGAUCGUUUGAAUUGUUUAUUGUUGACAAUAGUAUUAAAUUUGAUCAAAUACAUAUACCGUUUUGAAAGUAGAAUUGUCAAUUUAGAAUGCAGUAAUUCAUUGAUCAACAAGGAAUGUUGAGAUGAGUGCGCAACACCAUGUAAAAAUAUGGGAAAAAUCAAUGACAAUUGCUUGUAGAGCUGAUGGUCAUAAUAGAAAUGAAUGUGACUCUGAUAUUCUUGUCAGCACGCUAGUGUGAUUUCGUUGUAGAUUUGUUAUAUUUCCACUUGAAUCCAAGUUGAGACCAAUCAGUGAUGUUUGUUUUCACAAUAGUGGAAGACGAUUACUUUGACCUUGUGUUACACAACAUUGUACCGAUGAGAUUGUUCAUCCGAAACAGUUAUACGUGAUUCUUAGUGAGCUUAACUUAUAGAAUUACCUUCAUUUGGAUUCGAUGUUAAUUAUCACUUGAAAUUGUAUAAAAGACGUGCCUCAAAAGAUGAAAUUAACAAUAUUACAACCAUUACCCGAUAUUUUGUAUGACUAUUCGAUUUCGUUAGUGAAACGUGAUACCAUUAUUUCGAUGUAUUUCAAUGACGUCUAACGGAAGACCUAGGGUUCUGCAGUGAGAAUUUAUCUGUAAAAUAGUGCGAUUUGAAUCAAGCUCUGAAUUCAAACAAACCGAAUUGGAAUAUCUGCUUAUUUAAUCGACGAAUAUACAAGCAAAAUUUUAGAGAAUAUUAAAAUUCCUUAUUGGACUAAAUUUUACUUGCGUCAACCUAAGACGGCUACUUAUCUUUUUUUUAUUUGUAUUUUUCAAUCUGAAUUUCUAUUCAAAAUAUAUCCGGUUCAAGUUCGUUGAUGAACUGACUUGUUCAGUCAAAAGUGGUGGGCUGAUUGUUGGAUACAAAAAUUUAUCUUCGACGAUCUAAUUAUUAGAAAAGGCUGAAAUUCGCAGAUCCCUAUGGUUGAUUUAUUGAUGAGGUAUAGAUGUAUAUAAGUUUUGUAAAUUAACUUAAUCUAGAAAUAGGUAUAACUUACCUCUACUGUAACUUCAUAUCAUCAAAAUAUGAAUGUAAACAUCACGAGAGUACGAUUAACUAAAUUAAUGGAAAUUUAUGGCCCAAAUAUCCUGAUCUGCAAUGAAAAUAAAAAGGAAGUUGCGGAUAAUAAAAAAA